CGCCGCUCGCACCGGCUACCGAGUCUUCUCGGCCAACUCCACGGCCGCCUGCACGGAGCUGGCCAAGCGCAUCACCGAAAACAAGAGUCGAAAUAAAAGAAUCUGUUCGUGGCCAAGAUAUUUUCAUUAUACAGACAAUACCCAGGGAUGUGAAUACCGCUGUGAUGGAGUUGCUGAUCAUGGCUUAUGCACUGAAGACUUCCUGUGCCAGGAAUAUUAUCGGAGUCAUACCCUACUUCCCCUACAGCAAGCAGAGCAAGAUGAGGAAGAGGGGUUCUAUUGUGUGCAAGCUCCUAGCGUCCAUGCUGGCGAAAGCAGGUUUAACUCACAUUAUCACUAUGGAUCUUCAUCAAAAGGAAAUACAAGGCUUUUUCAGCUUUCCCGUGGACAACCUUAGAGCCUCACCUUUCCUGCUUCAGUAUAUCCAGGAAGAAAUUCCAAAUUACAGAAAUGCAGUCAUUGUAGCUAAGUCUCCUGAUGCUGCAAAGAGGGCCCAGUCCUAUGCUGAGAGACUGCGUCUGGGUUUGGCCGUCAUCCACGGGGAAGCUCAGUGCACGGAACUGGACAUGGACGAUGGUCGUCACUCCCCGCCUAUGGUCAAAAACGCUACUGUGCACCCGGGCCUGGAGUUGCCAUUGAUGAUGGCCAAAGAGAAGCCGCCGAUAACUGUGGUUGGAGAUGUUGGAGGCCGCAUCGCAAUCAUCGUGGAUGACAUUAUUGACGACGUGGAGAGUUUUGUUGCUGCUGCGGAGAUCCUCAAAGAGAGAGGCGCCUAUAAGAUCUAUGUCAUGGCCACCCACGGCAUCCUUUCUGCAGAGGCCCCCCGCCUCAUUGAGGAGUCCUCCGUAGAUGAGGUGGUGGUGACAAAUACUGUCCCUCACGAGGUACAGAAGCUGCAGUGUCCCAAGAUAAAGACUGUGGAUAUCAGUUUGAUUCUUUCUGAAGCAAUUCGGAGGAUCCACAACGGAGAGUCCAUGGCCUACCUUUUCCGAAACAUCACUGUGGAUGACUAGCUUUCAUGAGGACCCUGACCCUGGAACUCCUGAGGAAGACAUGGAAAAAGCAGUGCCAUGAGUGACAUACACAGUGUGUCCUUGCAAGGGAGGACUGGAAACAGCCUGGAGUUAGAUAUUCUCUCUUGGUCAGAUUGAUGGAUAGGAGGCAGUAAGAGAGUCAGGAAGAAGACAGAGCUAAUGGAUAAAUAUUAUAAUAUGGCCUUAAAUGUCUGCUGUCAUCAGCCCUGUUCCUUAAACAAAAGUUUUAGCCGCUUUCCUGAAAAGAAUCUGAAAAUCUUAUUAAAGAGGAGUUAAAGGCACAUAAAGUCUUAACUCUAUAAUGUUCAUUUAGUUGUUUCAGCUCCAGGGAAAUUCGGGUAUUGAUGUUGAACCUGGUUAGGGAAGCUGAUUGCCUGGCCCUAGUACUAUCCAGUUGGCCUCUCCCAUAUCAACUUCAAGUCUUUUGCAGAGAAGCAUAUUUUUCUUUGAGAAACUGGUACACAUACAGCCAUUGAAAAAUGAAGCAUUCAUGUUGUUACAUCUGCCAAGGAUGUCAGAUUAGAAAAUAGCAUCCCACCUCUGAGUGGUUUUAAAGUUGCAAAUAAAAGAAUUUGUUGUC